CUCCCCCACCCCGGCCAGGAAACUCAACCCGAAUGUCAGUCUUUGGUAGGUAUGCCUGUAGUGCUGACGUGAAAUCGCUGUGGAGCUCUCUGCCUUGGAUCGAGGUGUGUAAGUUUUGAAUCCGAACAGUGGGAUCCCCGAUGAGAGACACGAGCUCAUUUGCGGCGGCUAUGUCCUCGGGGGUCAGAGGCCCAUUCUUUGCUAGAACGACCUCCACGUGCCCUCGCUUAUCGAAUGCAGCUGCGAAAACAUCUCCAGGAUUUCCGGUGGUUAGUGCCGCGGCGAUGGCAUCGAGAAAGCGAACUUCGCGAUUGGUACCAUAUUCGCGGGUCGCUUUGUUGCUGUGAGUGCCGUAGGGCAUGUGGAGGUCUGAAUAGUUAAGCUCAUGCAAGAGCUGCAACUGCUCAGAGAGGUUGAUUUGAUUGUUGUUGGCCAUAUGUGGACAAAUAGGCAAAUAAAUUCGGCCAACU